AUGACGUGGUCAGUUGACCCGGUGAAAGCUGGACAACGUGGCCAGGUGGAGUUUGACACCCCGAAGACUGUGGUUGCCAUUGCCACCCAAGGGAGAGUACAAAGUCCUAGUGGUCCGUACGAGUUCUACACGAAGUCGUACCUCGUCCGGUACAGCAAUGACGGGGUCACAUGGUCUGACGUCAUGGAAAAUAGUUCCCCAAAGAUAUUCCCAGGAAACACUGACCGAGAAACUGUUGUCACAAAUAAUCUACCUUCUCCUGUGGACACAAAAUACAUCCGGGUACUUCCACAGUCAUGGUCUGUAUCUGCCUGUUUACGGAUUGAUAUUCUCGGAUGUGACGUAACAGUGCCGAGCUGUAAAACCAACCAAUUUCUAAUAAAUGGGCCAUAUGGGGUGGACAACUCGUCCAUGACAUCAUCAAGGGAUUGGACGGUUCCGGGGACGAGUAUAUGCCCCGCGUAUGUUGGUAGACUUCAUAUGCCGCCUUAUUACGGAAGUGAUGGGACGGAGUACAGCGCCUGGUGUCCAUCUUCAAACACUCUGACAGAUUACUUACAGGUAGAAUUCGCUAGCCUAAAGACGAUCGUAGCUGUUUUAACCCAGGGAAGAGCACAAAGUACCAAUUAUCCAACUGCCAUAUUUUAUACGAAGUCUUACCUCGUACAAUACAGCGAUGACGGCACCGUAUGGAAUGGUAUCAUGGAAAACAAUUCCCCCAAGGUAUUCCCAGGAAAUACUGACAGGGAUACAGUGGUCACAAAUUACCUCCCAUCUCCAGUGACGAUGAGGUUCAUUAGGAUAGUUCCUCAGUCAUGGCAUAGUUCUGUCUGUUUACGAAUAGACGUACUUGGAUGUGACGCGAGCUCUGUCGAGUCCGAGCCCGUUAACAGUACGAGGAAUGGUUCCCUGUGGGGCUAUGCUGGGGUAGCAACAGAAGGUAUACCUACCACAAAUAUCACCGUAAAUACAACGACAAGAAGUGAUGUAGAAUGUGUAACUCUUUGUACCUCAACAGAAGAGUGUCUCAUCGUCUCUUUCGAAAAGGCUACGAACCUGUGUGUCGGUUAUGGAAUAACUCAUGUGAUUGGAUCGUUCACACCAAAUCUGAUGUCCCCUGAUGAUAACGCCAAAUUGUACUUCAACUACGAUUACGCCGAAAAUCUUGGAUUUAUCUCCGAAUUAGUGUCCGGUGUAUCCUAUAAGAUACCCAUGUCGCGUAAGACACAAGCGGAAGCGGAAACCGAAUGUCAAAGCUUGAACGCCGUACUUAUGACCUUCACCUACACUUCUCAAAUAACGGAACUACAAAACUUCAUUUCAAACUCGCCAACCCAUGUUAACGAACCAGGCCUGUUUGUAUCGGGAAACUAUGACGAGAACAAAUACAUCAACUCGAUGGGAGUAGAAUUACCGAGUACCUUCUGGGCCACAGAUGAGCCGGACACCUCUCUCUUGUGUGUGGUUAUAACGCCCCAGGGAAAACUGUCCAGUCAAAGCUGUUCAGACACUUUAUAUUUCAUAUGUAGUCUGUUGUAAAUUAUCGAGCUUUACAUUGUGUUUGAUUUAUCCUUAUUUCGACGAAAUAUUACACUUUUUGAAUAUUUGA